AUGGCUUGGUCGGUCGAACUCUCCGAAUUUGAUAUAUCUUUCGAGCCGAGAGGUCCUAUCAAGUCACAGUACCUAGCUAACUUUGUCAACGAAUUGACUCCUCCUGAAUGUUUUCAGGAUGAGCCAUGGACCAUGCAUGUCGAUGGGUCCUCUAAUGCCCAAGGCAGUGGUGCGGGGGUAAUCCUUGCUAGCCCCUCAGGUAUCACAGUUGAACAGUCCCUUCGUUUCGGCUUCUGGGCGUCUAACAAUCAAGCAGAAUACGAAGCCUUGUUAGCCGGGAUGCGAUUAGCAACCAAAAUGGGUGUGAAAAAAGUUAUAUGCUGGACCGAUUCAAAGAUCCUGGCCGAACAGGUCAACAAUAAUUUUCAAGUCAAGGACUCAAACUUGUUGCAGUACUAUCACCUGUUCCAGGGAAUCAAGGGCGGCUUCAGCGAAGUUCAGGUACGGCACAUCCUUCGCAACAACAACGAACGCGCCGACCAGCUAGCUCGGCUCGCUAGCAGCCGAAAACCAGGGCAGUUGCGGACCACCAUUCAUCUUGAGAUUCCCUCUCCAUGUGUAACUGCCGAGUGCAUGACGAUAGAUGAAGAAGCACCCUCCUGGAUCACCCUUAUUCGGCACUACAUAAUUAACGGCGAAUUGCCGGACGAUCCAGUGGAAGCAGAGAAAAUACGAACACAAGCGGCUUGGUACUUCAUGGUAACCGAUGAGCUCUAUAGACGAGGAUUCUCCACCCCGCUGCUCAAAUGCAUUGACGAUCAUCAAGCAGAUUAUGUGAUGCGGGAAAUCCACGAAGGUAUCUGUGGCUCUCACUCGGGGGGGCGAACCUUGGCGGCCAAAGUCUUGCGAGCUGGCUAUUAUUGGCCGACUCUAAAGGGAGAUUGCACCGAGUUCGUAAAAAAAUGUGUGAAAUGCCAGAAGCACGGAAACCUCAUCCACGCAUUGGCUGCCGAAUUACACAGUAUCAGUUCCCCGUGGUUGUUCGCCUUGUGGGGUAUUGACGUACUCGGACCUUUCCCAGUGGCAAGGGGGCAGGUCAAGUUUCUCCUCGUUGCGGUAGAUUACUUCACCAAGUGGAUAGAAGCCGAACCGCUCGCCUGCAUCUCCGUCGCCAACGUCUAG